CAUAUGGGAAAUGUAAUUUUGAAGUACACCUUCACUCGUCGCCCAUUUCGAAUGUCGUUUUGAGUACAUAUACAGUGCUGUUGAUGUCCCAUUUCACCCUCCUUACUUCCGCUGAAUACUGCCCGGGGGGAAUUUAUUCGCCAUGGAGCAGAAACAGGAGAGAAAGGAUGGAAUUGGCGAAGAGAUGCCCAUCAAGGUUGGCAAGGUCAAGGUGAAAGGGGCCAAGGCGACCAAAUCCAGUCUUAUUGUGCCUGAAGUCAAGAGCAUAUUGGGUUCUACCACACAGAAAGAGCUGUUUGAGAACCUGAAGGCAGCGCAUACUCACCUGCACGCGUACGGUAUCUUUGACAGCGUCUCCAGUCAAGUGGAUGCCAUGGACGAUGUGGACGCUUUGGAGGUAUUGCUCUCGCUGCGGGAGAAGAAGCGACACACUGUUCAUGUUGGCAUGGAAGCAGGUGCCAAUGAAGUGUUGACGAAUAUUAGUGCCCAGAUGAUCAAUGUCUUGGGGGGCGGUGAGCCGAUAAAGAUCAAUGCGUGCAUCGGUCAUAGUCGAUCGUCCUCGUAUGAUAUCACCUUCCUCAAGCCGUUUUCACAUCAAGUUGCACAAUAUAAUUUCUUUUCAUCUCUCUAUCGACGCACUACGAAUCAUUUCGCCUCGGUGCACACGGACUUGACGACAGGCACUACAAUGGGCUUCAAGGUCCCCACUCGCCUGGGCCAGUAUUCAUGUGGUUUGUCGUUUGACUGUCGCAAUAUUACUGAUUUGCGGCCUGACACACCACUGCCCAUUCGCCUUCAUGCUGGCUACGGGACCAAGACUAGCUUUCAGCAUUCUUUAGAGUUGAACCUAACAGACUCGCCAGCCUUUCCCAGCAAAGGUGUCCGCUGUCGUCUAUCCCAGGAAGUCGCAACACUGGACUCUUUCAACGAGGGUAAACGAUUCUUCAAAACCGACGGCGAUGUUCAAGUGAACUCUCGCGUGCCAUUCACUCCCCUUGUGUUUUCAUCGUCACUUCAAGCUGGUGGCAUUUUCUCGAACAUGGAGAGGAUUCCUAUCAGCGAUCUAUUCUUCCUUGGAGGUCCGCAGUCCAUCCGUGGUUAUCGUCUGCGCGGAGUGGGUCCCAGGGCUGGCAAUGCUAGUCUGGGUGGCACAGCGUUUGUAGCAGCAGGUGCACAUCUUUUCUCACCGUUGCCCUACAUAUCAUCCGACAGAUUUCGCUUGCAUCUGUUCGCAACCGGUGGUAGUUUACUGAGUGAAACUCCAUCUCGCCAUAGCCCUCUAUCCCGGACAGCAAGGUUGUUUCAGCGUGAAUUUGCCUGGUCGUAUGGCGUUGGUUUGGCAGUGAAUGUCGGUGUUGGUCGCAUUGAAUUUAAUUAUUGCUUCCCACGGCCCGGGGAAGUACAGUCCAGUCCUCUGCAAGGUCUGCACGUCGGUCUGGGUAUCAAUUUUCUCUGAUCAGCUGCUGCUGUUGUCAUCAUUCUCCCAGCCACUACCGCUAGUCGUUGAUUGAUGGGGUUCAUCGUGAUAUAUUGAUUAGGUUCAUGAUGGUGGAGACCCUGCAGAGAACCAGCCAAGGAGGUUGACCCGUGUUGUCGGAAUCGGUAAUGAACAGCUGACUAGCAGGAUAUCCACCACCGUGUGCCAGCUAACAGCCGGGCGUCCUGUGCAAUCAGGGCCGUCCCGGCCUACCGAACAGCGCCGUCAUCUUGAUUUCUGCGAUUUUCCAGCUGUCGCCGAAUCGCUGUCAUGCCAAUUUCAGAUGUGUCUUUUCAGGCACGCUUGUAGCCAUGUACAUAAUUUUUGCCACACGAGAAGAGUCGCAAAAGACGUCUUUUCGUGGCUCUCGCAGCAAGUGUACAAACUGAACAUUUAAUGUCUCGUCCCGUUUUAGCAUUUUGCUAGACCUAGUUAUGUUAUCAUACGUUUGUCCUUUUGAAGACUCCAUAGGAUUAUUUCGUAUGUUUUUGCUCUGGCUUAUUUUACAAGUAGCUAGGAGUAAAUUUCUAUCGUAUUCUUUUUUUUUCAUAAUGCCCCACAUACAACAACAUAGUUUUGAUUAAGAAAGUGUCUGCUCCGAACGUCGGAGCUUAUGCUU